AUGGAUCUUGUACUAGCAGUAAACAGUGUACAAUCUUUAGUACAAAACUUGAUGGCUAUGAGGAAUAGUGAUGAAGAGUUUAUAAAUAUUUAUCAACAGUCAGUAGAACUUUGUCAUAAAAAUGAUGAACUCAUUUCUGGCAUCAACUCGAGGUUUAACCAAGAAAUUGUGCAAUUAGUUCAAGCUGUAGCAAGUAUGAUUCGUCUAGACACUACGCCUGUAAUGAUUUCAAUAUUAUCAAAUUUUGCAAAUGUCCCGGUAGAGAAAUUACAAUCUGAGAUAAAACUAUUAAAAUAUUUACCAGCUACUGAUGGUAAACCAGAUACUAAUACUAAUAAUGAAUCUAUUCAUGCAUGGCUUGAUUAUAUGAAAACAAAUAAUUACAUAAAAUCAUUUAAUGGAUUUUUCACCGUACUGAAAUUAUUCAGUAUAAUACCAGUUACAAGUUGUUCCUGCGAACGGCAAAGUAAUGGUUGUUUUUCCCAAGAAAUAAUUGAAGGCAACAUCGACGCCACGGCGAUUGUUUAUGUUUAUCGCUAUAGCUCAAACACUAUUUUACCCGAUUUGAGUGUUGAAAUAAAUGUUCCACCAAAUGAUGAUGGUAAUGAUUCAGGAAUUGUGUUGAGUAACUCAAUUAUGCCCGAUUUAAAUGUUGUUUUUGAAAGAAAUAUUGAUGUUAUUGAAAGCGAAAGAAUAUCUCAUGAAAUUGUUUUGGUAAGUGUAAAUACUGAGGUGACCAUGGCUGACAGCUGUGAUGAUGACCAGUGGUUGUAUGAGGACUCAAAUUCAAAUCUUGACCCUAACGGUGCAUUGGUCGAAGAUAUUAAACCAGUUGAACCAGUUGGUGUUUUAGAAGAUGAGGAAGCACGUCUUCUGGCGUUCUUGGCCAAUCCUGGACCCGGAAGUAUAGAUGUCCCACCUACUGUAAAAGAAUUAGAUGAUAAGCAUCCUCAUCGACCUGAAAGUCCACAAACAUUUUUAGGAGGGCCAGGAAUCCAAGCUGAGGUACUGGUUAAACGUUCAGAACAUUCACUUAAAACUAACCUAGUAGAGACUGUAACUGAAAUGGACAUUAAUGUUCCUGAAAAAGUAGCUGAAGAGAAUAAUGAAGAUAGACAAAUAGUAUCCGAAGAUAGUGAAGAAGAUAGUGAUGAUGACAUUGUUAUGGUAGCUGGAAAUUUUACAAUGUCUUCAAUGAAUAAUUAUAAUAUGGUAUCACUUUCGCGGCAAAAUAAUGCAAGCCCUUCGACUGCUGGAAUACAUUUAAAACUAAAUAACUUAUUAAAAUUAACAAAUAUUCCUGGAAUGUCAUCUGGAAUUAAACAUCAAGGAAAAUUUAAUGUCGAUGAUUUUGAAAGUAUGGACACCAUAAAUGGUAUUUCUGCUCAUGAGUCUUCUAUUGAAACUACUGAAGAAAAACCAUGGUUGAAGCCAGGUGCAGAUACCACAGAUUAUUUUAACUAUGGAUUUAAUGAAUACACGUGGUCGGCAUAUUGUGAACGCCAAAGGAAAAUGUGUGGUAAUGAAUCAUCAAUUAAAAUGUCAACACUGGCUAUGCAUAAUCAACAAGUUUCUAUAAGUGCUACAAAUAAUAAUAUGAUUUCUACUUUGGAUGUUAAAUCUAGUAAAACAUUUCAAAAACCAAAUGUUCCACCUAAGGAAAACACUAUUGAGGUUAUGACAGCCGAGAGAAAAGAAUACAGUUGUAAACAUUUUUCAAUUCCUGAUUUAUCAGUACCCCCUCCAAUAAUUCCAACAAAUUUUGAUGUACCUCCACCAAUAGUUCAAAAUUCUAUAAAUUCUAUACCGCCUCCUGGAUUUGGUCUUUCACAAAUUAAUGUGCCUUAUGAACCAGAAUACUAUCCUCACGAACCAGAUCCAUACUAUAAUACAUUCGAACCUACUCAAGAUAUGCAAUGGAAUCAAAGCUGGAACUUAAACGUAAAAAGUAUAGAGAACAUUCCAACUCUGUCAAAUGGAGAUUCAUACAGCGAAGCAAGACCAGAUUUGGAAAGAGAUAAAGAAUAUUAUGCACCAAGAGUUAAAAAAGAACCAGAAGAAAGGGUAUAUGAACAAGAUUGUGAGAGUCACAAUCGAUCCUGUGAAAGAGAUCGAGAGAGGGAUCGUGAACGUGAUAGGGACAGGAACAGGAAACAUAGCAGACAUAGAGAAAGUGAUAGUGUUGAAAGUCAAGAAACAAGUAAUAAAGAAGAGAGAGAAUAUAAACACAAGUCUCAUCGUCAUCGCUCUGGAAGUCAUAGUCACAAAAAGCGUUCUAAGAAACACAAGUCUCAUAGUAGAAGUGGGUCUAGACGUUGUCACAAAAAGAAGAAUAAGAAGUCUGAGAAGAACAAGGAAAAUGAUAAUAGUGAAUGAUUUUCUGUUGUCAUGGUGUACAUAUUUUAAACAAUUUUUAUUUUUAUUAAUAUAGUACUCUUCAUUUCAUUGGAUUACUAAUGGUAAAUGGUAAUUUAAUGGUU